AACCUGGGAACCAUUCAGGACCUGCUGGAGCGGGAGUACGGAGUGGUCAUCGAAGGCGUCAACACCCCCUACCUGUACUUCGGCAUGUGGAAGACCGCCUUCGCCUGGCACACGGAGGACAUGGACCUUUACAGCAUCAACUACCUGCACUUCGGGGAGCCCAAGACGUGGUACGCGGUGCCCCCGGAGCACGGCCGGCGCCUGGAACGCCUGGCCAGGGAGCUUUUCCCGGGCAGCUCGCGGGGCUGUGAGGCCUUCCUGCGGCACAAGGUGGCUCUCAUCUCGCCCACGGUCCUCAAGGACAACGGCAUCCCCUUCGGUCGGGUCACUCAGGAGGCUGGAGAGUUCAUAGUCACGUUUCCCUAUGGCUACCACUCUGGCUUCAACCAUGGCUUCAACUGCGCGGAAGCCAUCAAUUUCGCCUCCCCGCGCUGGAUCGAUUACGGCAAAGUGGCCUCGCAGAUGGAAGAAUAA